ACGAGCUCUUCCUUUACGACAAGAGUUGCCAGGUCUGGGGACGAAGAGGAAGAUGAUGCUGCAAACGCUCCAACCGACAGAAUGUCCUUGAAGGAGUGUUUCGACAAUUUUGCAGUUUGGGAAGCUGUUGUAAAACUGAACCUGAGAGGCGAUGUUGAAAAUUCUGUCGAUAAUUCGAAUCCUGCCGGCCCUGCUAGCUCUUCGGAAACGGGAAGCAACAGACAGGGGAGAACAAGAAAAGCGAGAACAUGCACCAGUUCGAAUGCUAGCCCAGCAAGAUCACCUGAAGAUCAAAAUAUUGAACUGUCAAACAGUUUCAGCCCAAAGAACAAUUACGUUGGGGGUUUCUGUGGUCCGGACACCGGCCCGGCCGCGGCGGAGCGCUGUCGGGCGUACUGUGAGGAAGCGGUGUUCCCAAGCAGCAGCUGGACGUUCCGCGAAGAGGACAGAUGUUGCUACUGUGACAGCGAGGAGUUUUCGGCUAAUUCUGGUACAACUUCCGCAGAAGGUGCGGACGACGAAAAAAACCAAAACCAAAAGGUCGAAAGCGAAACCAGUACUAUCUACGGCGGGCCGUGUUUUUUUGACCAGGUGGGGGACGUGCAGAAGCCGGUUCUGGAGAAAUUUUUCUCAGAUGAACAGAACCACCUCCUGUCCGCAUGUUGCGAGGGAUACCGGCUCGAGCGAUUUGUCGGAUUUUCUGAUCCGAUGAAGAAGCAUUGCGAAGUAGCACAAGAAGCUCCGGACGUCGACAGCCAAAAUCACGGGGAGGAACUACACGCGACCGCAACUACAGCCGAAAGAGCCAUCGUGCGCUGGGCGCGUUGCGCGGGCUCUAGUAGUAGUUUUGUUCAAAAAGAACGCCAGAAGACGCUGAACUACCAAAACACCGGACGAGGACAAGCGCCAGCCGGCGAUGAAAUCGAUUUUUGUCCCCUGGAAGCUCGGAUUCAGUUGAAAACGUUUCGGGAAAAGUUUCCGCAGGUCGCGAGCAAGGGAGAAAACAGUAACAGCCACACAAAUGCAGUCCCUUUAGCCUACUUGCCGAGCGUAAAGGCCCAGUUCUUGGAGCGAAAAGCUCCGUUUUACCACCGCCACAACAUCCAUCCCAGCCUGAACAUUCGCGGGCAAAACAUGACCUUCGCGACGACGGCCGCGCUGCGACAGGGCUACAACGAGUGGAAGAUCCUGAACAAAAAUUUCGCCAAGGCCACGGACGGCGAGAGUUGUUGGGACCGCUGCCAGGGGGACGCGGACCCGGCGAAGUUCCGCCGCGACGGCUGUGGCACGGACUUCUGCGCGAGAAAGUUUGGCAGAGACAAUUCCGCCUGUUGCAAGAAUGCUCUCGACGCGGCCGGAACGCAGAGUGCUUCCUGUCCGAAAGUCACG